AUGCCUACCUCGCUGGAUUCAUCUCGCCCAAUCAUGGCGCCUUCUCUAGUAUCCCCCCGCGCAUCACUCCGGUACAGCACCUACAGCACCGCGCCGUCCUUCACUCCUACCGUGCAGUCGACCGACUCAGCGCACGCCGAGAUCCGCGACAUCGAGACUGGACUCGCCCGCAUGGAGAACAAGGCACUGUCGCAGCAACGCGUCAUGCUGUCGGAGGAGAAGGCGGGCAACCUCAACAAGCUCGCCCUGGGCGCCAAGCUGGACCGCGCACUCAACCGCCGCAUGUCGAGCCAGGACGCCGUCAUGCGACCGAGGGAGAAGAGCCUGAGCGAGAAGGAGAAGGCAUAG